AUGCGUCUGUACACGUUUCACAUGUUCAACGCUCGAGGCGAGUGCAUUCAUUCGCGCACGUGGCAUCGCGAACGCGAGAGCGCGGACGAAAACAUCGAGCGUAAGACGCUGUUCGGCUUGUUCUUCACAAUGAAGGACUUCGCGCGACAAAUGGAUCCGAGACGAGGCGAGGAGGACGGUGGGUGUAACUUUUACGCGUACGCGACGAACGACUACAAGCUGCACUACUUCGAGACGGCGACGGGACUUCGAAUGACACUCACCACGGACGUCAACGCCGGAGAUUUACGAGCGGUGAUGCGACACGUAUACUCAAACAUAUACGUCGAACACGUGGUGAAGAACCCUGGGUUAGCGCCGAGCGAGGUAUUCGAGAGCGCGGCGUUCGACCAGGCGCUGGACGAGUACGCGAGCGUUCUGGCCAACGGGUGA